UACUGCGCUGAUGCAUUCUCCACGGCGGCGGCGACGAUGAUGGUUUUGUAUCUCACACGAAGUGGCUUUCUCCCGUCAAUGAACGUCAGGCGGAGGAGGGGAUCAUGGUGGGGGGUGCUGGGUUGUGCCGAGGGAAUGACGAGUGGAGUCAGGGGUGGUAGGUGGAGUGAGUGUGAGCAGUGGACACAGGAAGAGACGAGCACCCCACACAGCCGCUAUAUAAACACCCAGCAGGGCUCGUGUUGUUCAAACUCACAGACGGACCAACUAUUCAAGAGGGGUCUUUAUAAUUUAUAUUAUUAUUAUUGGUAGUGGGUCCAAAGCUUUCCACUUUCGUACAACGACCGCGCACAUUUUAUAUUAAAAGUGUUUUACGUGGUCUUUAUUUUGUCCAUAAAUUUUAACAAAAAAAAUCAUCGUGCUUGUUUUGAGUCUGCUGUCAACACUGGACCGUACAGUUCAAUAGCUGUGGUCCGCUCUCUUUCAACGGAGGAGCAGCGAAACGACGCGAACUCUCUCCCUCUGGCGAAGCCCCCUCGUCGUGGCCAGCAGCAACACCGCCACACGAUCGGCAUCGAGCUGCCAUCGACCGCAGGAACAGAGAACAUUUGAAGGAGUUGGCACGUUCCAGAGUAUUGACGGAGACGUCUCCUCGACUCUGAUGGACGGAGUGAGUGAGUGAGCGCGAGUCGAGGAGCAACUAGGACCUGUCCCUAGCCACCUCUCCCUCCAUCCGUCCGUCCGUCCCGGAGGGGGAGCGGCGAAGGUCGCUUAGCUCAUGGGCGUCACAGGCAUGCAGGUGCUCGGGGCCUCGCUGGCCUUCGUGGGCCUCGUGGGGGUCAUCGUGUGCACGGCGUCCAACGAAUGGCGCAUCACGAGCCGUGCCAAGUCGCUCAUGACGGCCUCCUGGGUAUCGCACGGCCUCUGGAAGCAGUGCACGGCCAACGCGAUGGGAAGCAUGCAGUGCAAGCCCAACUUCACCAUGCUCGACCUGGACGUGUACAUCCGCGCGUGCCAGGGCCUCAUGGUCUCGUCGGUGGUGAUCGGUGGCCUGGCCGCACUCUGCACCCUCUUCGGCAUGAAGUGCACUCACGUCGGCCCCUUGACUGCCAAGUCCAAGGCGCACAUGUCUAUCUUCAGCGGCACUGCCUACAUGCUGUCAGGGGCGGCUGCCGUCACGGCCGUGUCCUACUACGCGCACGCCGUCACCAUCGACUUCUAUGACCCCUAUCUCAUCGGAGCCAAGUAUGAGUACGGCUCUGGUCUCUACGUCGGGUGGGCCGGUUCGUGCCUCGUGCUGCUGGGCGGUGGCCUCCUCCUAUGCGCCGCGUGCAGGCAACAGCGGGAAUCCUCCACGGCGCAGCCCUACCACACGACCCCUCGCGUCUUCCAGACGUGCGGCGACGGCCGCGCGGGCCUGCGCGUCGUGGAGGGGCCGCCGCCGCCGCCGCCUGGGCGCUCCGCCAGGGGCACGCGCCCCGCAGGGAGGAGCGCCGGCAUCUCCGGCGUGCCGGGCUCCGACCGCUCGUCCGUGAGCAGCAGCGGAGUUCGCGGGCUCCACCACCCCAAGAGCGCGUACGUGUGA